AUGGCCGUCUUCUUGCUGGCUCCCGUCUAUCUGACGGCGGGCCUGCUGCUGGUCGUCGUCGUGGGACGAGGCCUCAGUCUCAUCUGGUACAACCACAAACUCAGAAAAUACCACGGAGGGAUCCAUGCACCUCGGAUGCCCAGUGGGCCGAUUAUUCCGAUCAGAGACCUGAAAUUCCUCUUGGGCGCCGCCAAUGCCCACAGCGAGAACCGCCUGCUCGACUACUUCAACAACAUCUUUCGCUACGCCACGCCAGCCUGCCCCAACUGCGUCGAGAACAACUUCACCGGCCGCGUGCGCUACUUCCUCACGCGGGAGCCCGAGCACAUCAAGGCCGUGCUGACGGGCAACUUUGCCGACUUUGGCAAAGGCCAGCAGUUCCACGAGCUGUGGAGUCCUUUCCUGGGCGACAGCAUCUUCACAACCGAUGGCCAGCAGUGGUCCAACAGCCGGCAUCUGAUCCGGCCCAUGUUCGUCAAGGACCGCAUCAGCGAUCUGGAGAUCUUUGAGCGGCGCACCCAGGUGAUGAUGAGCCUGUUCGGCGGUCCUGGUGAGGCCUUUGACAUCAUGGACCUGUUCUAUCGCAUGACGCUGGACGUGACGACCGAGUUUCUGCUCGGUCACGGCAUCAACAGUCUGGAGAACCCCCAGGCGGAGUUUGUCAAGGCGUUUUCGGACGUCCAGCGCAUCCAGAUGAUGUUGACGGUGCUGCAGCCGAUCCACUGGUUUGUCCCCCGAGGGGCCUACUACCGUGGCAUCAAGACCAUCGACGACUUUGUCGUGCCGUUCGUCCACCAGGCGCUGGCGCUACCGCCCGAAGAACUCGAGAAGCGCAGCAAGUCCGAGAAAUCGUUCACGUUCCUGCAUUCCCUGGCCAGCUUCACGCGCGACCCGAAAGUUAUCCGGGACCAGGUCGUCUCCGUGCUGCUGGCCGGGCGCGACACGACGGCGGCGACGCUGUCAUGGGCCUUUUACGAGCUGUCUCACUAUCCGGAGGUCGUGGCGAAGCUGCGCCAGGAGAUCCUGGCCACAGUCGGGCCCACACGAGCCCCGACAUACGACGACCUGAAGAACAUGACCUACCUGAAGCACACCAUCAACGAGACACUGCGACUGUACCCGGCGGUACCGUUCAACAUCCGGUUCGCGCUGGCCGACACGUUCCUGCCGACGGGCGGCGGACCGAACGGGGAUCAGCCGCUGCCGGUGCUGAAAGGCGACGCGGUGAUCUACUCGACGCUGGCGAUGCAGCGCCGGCGCGACCUCUACCCGCCGCCGUCGGAGCACUUCGCGGACCCGGCCAUCUUCUCUCCGGAGCGGUGGGAGCUGUGGCAGCCCAAGCCGUGGCAGUACAUCCCGUUCAACGGGGGGCCGCGCAUCUGCAUCGGGCAGAACUUUGCGCUCGCGGAGAUGUCGUACGCGAUUGUGCGGAUUUUCCAGCGGUACGAGCGCAUCGAGUAUGCCGGUGACUGGGAGCAGCAGUUCCACAAGGCGGAGAUUGUGGGCACGCCGGGGAGAGGGGUUCAUCUAGUCUGUUUUAAAUUAUAUAUACCUACCUCCUCGUCUCAAACCAACGGUGAUCGAUUAUCUCAGCGGCUAGGGAGUGAGGCGGCAUGGAGACGCUUGAUUUCUCUAUCUGAGAGGCAGAGAGAAGCCUUUUACAAUAGCCCUGUUAGCAAUCUGCAAGCGCUGUCUGCCUUUGAUGUGCUCUCAGAGGCGCAGGACCUGGCUUAUAUCUCAAUAUUCGAAGACAGAUUACAGCGGGCCCUUCUUUUUGACUCCGGGACCUCCUUUCCCAGACGAUUCCGCCUUCUGAUCCUCGUCUGCGCGUAUGGUGAUCCCGAGGAGGAUCCUCGCGAGAUGCUCCAUGUGCUCGCGUUUCUGGGUAUCCCACGGCCCAAACUCGUGCAUCGUCAGAAAGGAGAGGGGAUCGUCCGGACUGUUCUCGCCGUUCAGGUACUUCAGUGCCCGGACUUUUCCAUCAGAUCUGUCUCCGAGGUACCCAUCCGUUCUGGCUUCAAUGGAUGCAUGUUUAAACUGGGCCACGAAUAUUUUUCUGUGCAAUGUCCAAUCGUUUGCAAGGGGGAAGUGGGCUUGUUGACGAUCUGCUCGUCUUUUGUUGGUGGAUAUAUCAGACUCUCAAGCUCCUCUGGAAUCGGAGAAUCGGAUGCAAGCAAGGGUGUUAUCGGUGGCAGCGAGUACAGUAUAUCUGGCCAGCUCAACGGCUCCAUCAUUCUCGAAUCCUACCAACGCUCACACAGCAACUCCUGUUCCUCAGAAAGGGGUGCUACCAUGGAAUCCCCCGAGCACAAGGCUCGCCGCAAGGCCCUCCGCAACCUGGAAACCCAAGUCAUCCGUCUCAGAAAGAUAGAAUUGGAGCCUGCAGAGCUGGAAAGAGUGAACAUUCGUGCACUUCCCAUGUCCCUAGAUGAUCCAUUGAGCAUCAAGCCAUGCUUCUUCGACCCAUAUCGUGCCCGACCGCUGAGCGAUCCCGAUCCUGUCCGCAUCGAGAGAGAUUUCCCUGACUAUGACCGGCCCAUUGACGAAGACUGGGUGUUAAGCCCGAUUGACGGCGCGAGAGCUAUCGAGCACUACCUCGGGGCGUAUUCUGUUUACUGCCGACGCAAUGUUGAGCGCAACAACACCCUCCUGCGGCGGCUGUGGACCUGCGAAGAGUAUAUUUAA